GUCAUGUCACUGUUAUUUUUGUCAUGAUUUUUAUAAAAAUUCCAUAGAAAAUUAAGCAAUGAAUCACGAUUGACUAAUCAACAAUCUAGUAAUGACAAAACCUUAGAAUUUACGAAUCCGAAAAAUUAUUGUCUUGUUCACUACUAUUAACACUAUUAUUAACAUUAUUACAAAAUAUAAUAAAAUCAAACAAGUAACAUAAUGAGUAAAACGGCGUUUUAUUCGGAUGAACAUCUGUCUGAAAUGCAGGAAGCAUUUCAAUUAUUUGAUAUUCGAGGGGAUAACAAAAUACAUAUUUCACAAAUUGGCAAUGCUCUAAGAGCAUUAGGUCAAAACCCAACAGAAUCUGAUGUUAAUAAAUUUACUCAACAACACAAAGCAGAUGAAAGAAUAACAUUUGAAGUAUUUCUACCAAUUUAUCAAGCAAUUUCAAAAAAUCGAUCAUCCAAUACUGCUGAAGAUUUCAAUGAAGGAUUACGCCAUUUUGACAAAGAUGGUAAUGGAUAUAUAUCAUCUGCAGAACUUCGUCAUCUCCUUACGAGUCUAGGUGAAAAAUUGACAGAUGAUGAAGUUGAACAAUUAUUGGCCGGACAAGAAGAUUCUCAAGGGAAUGUUCUUUAUGAAGAAUUUAUUAACAUGGUUAUGUCAGGUUAAUAUAUUAUAUUAUUAAAUAAUUGGAAGAAUUCCAACAUAUUUUACUAUUUCACCAGUAUUUAAACAUUAACAUUCAUUUACAUACUGAACAAUUUUAUACAUUUAUUAAUAUAAUUUUAUAAUUCCAAAUCUAACAUUGAUUUUGUUUGUAAGUUGAAUAAUUAUUUUGUUAUUUUUAAUCACAUUCCAUAAAAACAAUAAUUCGUCCAAUUUA